CUUCGUCCAAUCCCAGCGCUCCGGAGACGGUCGCGCUCCUGCCUAUAAAAGGGCAAAGCGGCGGCGGCUUGCGGACGGCUCUGACCAGGUGUCGGACGAGAGGUCUGCCGCGCGUGUUCCUGAGUGAGGAGGCUGAUCUGCCAUGUCGGGUCGCGGCAAGCAAGGAGGCAAGGCCCGCGCCAAGGCCAAGUCGCGCUCGUCCCGCGCCGGGCUGCAGUUCCCGGUGGGGCGGGUGCACCGGCUGCUGCGCAAGGGCAACUACGCCGAGCGUGUGGGCGCCGGCGCGCCCGUGUACAUGGCCGCCGUGCUCGAGUACCUGACGGCCGAGAUCCUGGAGCUGGCGGGCAACGCGGCCCGCGACAACAAGAAGACGCGCAUCAUCCCGCGCCACCUGCAGCUGGCCAUCCGCAACGACGAGGAGCUCAACAAGCUGCUGGGCAAAGUCACCAUCGCGCAGGGCGGCGUGUUGCCCAACAUCCAGGCCGUGCUGCUGCCCAAGAAGACGGAGAGCCACCACAAGGCGAAGGGCAAGUGAGGCCGCGCACGACCUCCCGCCCGCAAUCAAAGGCUCUUUUCAGAGCCACCCACUGUGCCAGAAAAGGAGUUGUCCACGGGUCGUGUUCUGGGGCGGCGGGGCCCGAGGCAGGGCACGGCACGAGGGAAGGUGGGGAGAGGCCAGU